GUCAGUUCGUGUGGACGCGCAUAAUAAUUGUGUGAUGAGACGCGGGGAAGGUGAGGCUUCUUCUGCAUGAACUUUACAUCUCUCUCAGCCUUGUGGCGAGACCAAUCUUCACGUUUCUCUUUCGUCCGCACGAGCGACAGCUAACGCGCCUUUUUCUGUGUGUUGACAUGUGAAUAAAUCGACAUGCAACUAAAGGAGAUUUGGAGUAAGACAUGGAUCUGAGCAUGAAGUCACACAGUGCUUCGCAGGAAGUGGGCGUGUUUCCAUCAGCUGGAGAACAGGAGUCAGGUUUAGGAGAAGAGACGUCGGGGGCUUCCUUCGAGCUGGACGAACAGGCAAAGAGUCUUUCUGUCCGAGCGAAGCCUUUUCAGUGCUCUCAGUGCGGGAAGGGUUUUUCUCGAAUACAGCAUCUGUCCGAACACGUCCGGAUUCACACGGGAGAGAGGCCCUUUGAGUGCCUGGUGUGCGGGAAGACUUUCACCCGGGAAAGAGACCUCAAGACCCAUCAGAUCAUCCACACGGAUGCCAAAGCCUUUCACUGCACCAUCUGCGUUAAAAACUUUGCCCUGUUAUCCUCCUUGAGAAGACACCUGCGUGCGUUUCAUCAAGGUCAAGACGUCAGUACGGAGGGAAAGUGCUUAAUUUGCAUCGAAUGUGGAAAAAACUUUGCGUGUCAGCUGGAGGAGCAUGAGCUAACGCACACGGGAGAGAUUUCCCACCGCUGCCCCGACUGUGUCAACAGCAUCGCUCACCUGUCCGGCCUCACUUCUCCCGAACACACCUUCUCCGAGUCCGAGGACGCUUACGACAGCGAGAGGCCGUGCACUUCUCUGGCCUCCGAAGCCCCGCGCAAGCGCUCGCCAACAGACGCGCUUAAGGACGUCGGUGGACCUCUCUCUCUGGAACCUACAGGUAAGGCCGAGAAUGAAACCAUUCCCCAAAGUCAAGAAGAAGAGGCUCCGUCUCGACCGCCUCGCGCACAUUCUGCUGGAAAGGGCAUCGAAACGCCGGAUCCUCUUCGAGAGGAGGAGCUUGCGGCUCACCAGCAGGCGCGCGACGAGAACAAACCCCAUCAGUGCAAUCACUGCGGGAAGAGAUUUCAUAAGCAGGCCAAGCUUCGCAUCCAUCUGCGCGUUCACACCGGAGAGAAACCGUACCAGUGCUCCCAGUGCGGCAAGAACUUCAGCCAAGCGGUGAACCUCAGAAAGCACCACCGCACUCAUCACACGGAGGAGAGGCCGUACCACUGCGCUCUCUGCGACCGGAGCUUUUCCCUCUCCUUCUCUCUGAUAAAGCACCAGCGUGUCGCUCAUCCAGAACGUUUGAGUGUUGCGGAAAGAAAUCGCUUUACCUGUCCAUACUGCGGAAAGAUAUUCGGACGUCAUCAAGAUAUGGAGCAGCAUAAGCGCAUUCACACUGGAGAGAGACCGUUCCGCUGCACCGUGUGCAACAAAAGCUUCAGGCAGCGCUCGGUGUUGAUCGUGCAUCGCAAAAUUCACACUGGAGAGAAGCCUUUUGAAUGCUUCAUAUGCUUCAGGCGGUUUUACGGUUCGGGAGAUCUGAAGACGCACAUGGGAACUCAUACCGGCGUGAGGCCUCACAGUUGUCCUUUGUGCUCCAAAAGCUUCCCUCGGCCCAGCAGCCUGCAGGCACACAUGCAGUCCCAUCUGAACAAGCUGCAGGAAGGAGAUGCCGUAGUUGCUGGAGCUGAUAUAGAGCUUACUCCUGAAGAGGAGGACCAGGGUGAACUAGAUGACAUGGAAAGAGUCUGUGGUGUUUCCGCUUCGUCGCAGCUGUCAGCGGUGCUUUCUGAAAACUGCGGCGCUUUUGAAGACGAUACAGGGGAGCAUCUAUCGGAGACUGAGAUGAGAAUCGGUCCGUCGGCGAAUCGAGACCAUGAUGCUGAUCAGACUUCCAGCUCAGAGCUGACAGAUCACCAGAAGCCAUAUCAUUGUGGCAUAUGCACUAAAACCUUCUCUCUCGCAAUAUCCCUGAAAAGGCAUCAACUUAUAUUUCAUCCAGACCAGCACGUCGACAAAGAGGGGAAGUGCUUCCCUUGCUCUUAUUGCGGGAGGAAGUUUGGUCGACGCCAAGGUUUGUUACAGCACGAGCGAAUUCACACGGGUGAAAGGCCCUUCAACUGCCCCACCUGUAACAAAAGCUUUCGUCAGAGGUCGGCCCUGGUUGUGCACAUCAAAACACACACAGGAGAGAGAUCAUUCCUGUGCUUCGUGUGCAAUAAGAGCUUUUAUACCCCAGGAGACCUGAAGAAACAUCUGGAAAUUCACACAGGAGUGAGGCCACACAACUGCCCUGUGUGCUUCAAGGGGUUUGGGCGUCCCAGUUUCCUCCGCGCUCACAUGCGAAUUCAUGAAAAAGCUUCAACGAAGAAGCAAAGUGGAAUGGAGAAACCAACAGGUGCUCCAAAAGUCGACGUGCAGGAGAAGCCGUUCGAAUGCACUCAUUGCGGGAAGAGAUUCAGUCAGCAUUGCAUGUUAAAAAUUCACCAGCGGAUUCACACGGGAGAGAGACCUUACAAGUGCUCUCAGUGUGGCCUGAGCUUUCGCUGGAGGAGAAACCUGAUAGCCCACCAGAGCGGCCACCCGGGCGAAAACCCUCUCCAGUGUUCAAUGUGUGACGAAACGUUCGUCUCUGAAGCAAGUCUGAAGAAACAUCAAGACGCGUUUCAUUCAGGAGUCUCUCAUACAUGCAGCUUGUGUUUGAAGACAUUCACUCAAGCCGCUGGCCUCAGAAAACACGUUCGGUACGUUCAUGAAGGCGAGCGGCCGCACAAAUGCUCCGAGUGCGGGAGAGGAUUCGUCAAACUCUCCGACCUCGCGCGUCACCAGCGCCGCCAUCAUUACGACCGGGGCGACGAACUCUUUCAGUGCUCGCAGUGUGAGCGAAGCUUCAGUCAUCCCAGCAGUCUGGUUCUGCACCGACGCACGCACACCGAAGAAAAGCACGAGUGUCCUCAGUGCGAUAAGAUCUUCAGUCAGGCGGGACACCUGAAGGUCCACCUGCGCACUCACACCAAAGAGAACAAACCGAAAUUCGAGUGCCCCGAAUGUGGGAAGAGUUUCGGGCAAGCUAAAGAUCUGGUGGUUCACCAGAGGGUUCACACCGGAGAAAAGCCGUACCAGUGCCCACAGUGCAAGAAGAGCUAUCGACAGUUCGCGCAUUUGUCCGUGCAUCUGCGCAGUCACACGGGGGAGAAACCUUACCAGUGCCCCAUAUGUCUCAAAUUCUUCGCUCAUUCAUCAUCCAUGAAAAAACACCUGCGUGUUAUGCAUGCAGAGGGGAAAGACUUACCUGUACCCAAGGAAGUCGUGAAGGUCACUGUUGGCGUCGGCCCGUCUAACACGUCUGUAGAAGUCAAGCAAGAACCGGAGUCUGGUGAUGAAUACGAAUGUCAAGUGAAAUCUGAAGAAAACUGCUUUGCUAUAAUGGAUGAUGUGAAGGCUGUUACAGUCUCUUCAGCUCCUUCCGGUCCAUUAUCAUCUGUGACUUUUAAAGAUGAAAAAUGAAUGUGGAUGGAAACUAGGGUUUCUCACCAACAAUCUGCCAAACAUCAGAGCGCAUAGAAGAACCUGCAGCAUCAACUAGAUUACUGAUGACAAAAACAUUUUAUCAAGUAUUAUUGCAUUCUACACCUAAUCCAGAAGCUGGUCUCCAUCCAUGAAGACUUCAGCCUCCCUAAUUGGAAAGGUGGUAUUGAGACAAAGAACUAAUCAACACGAAUCCACACCACAGCAAGAUCUGUGGGGUUUAGUUGAGCAGGGAACCACUUAACAUCAGAACAAUCAAACGUUCAGGAGGCUUCAAACAUGACAUGCAUAAACUUUUGCCAAAUAGAAGAUCCUAAAGAAAUUCAUACUGGAGGAGAAGCGUUGAUAUUUGACACCCACCCACAAAUUGCCAUCCCUCAGACUGGCUAGAUCUUUUGGAAAGAACAUGCAGAAAGGACACUGAUAUAGUAGAGGAUUGUUUGAUUCUGCUCCUGGAAGUCGAUUGUUUUGCAGACUUCGGUUCCAAACCUGAUCAAACUCACCUGCCUGUAAUUUUCAAGUAGUCCUGAAGACCUUGAACGGCUUCUUUAGGAAUGCUUGCAUUAGAGCUAAACACUCUAGGAGGGGAAUUUAGUAGCCAGAUGUGGUAGGAAAACUUUGUCACGUUCCUGUUGUUAUAAUCAGGCAAACAUUCGACAUGUGCGCUUGUCAUCCUACACAUUUACAUUUUCAUCAGUUAAAUACACAACUGCACUUAUUAGACUUUAUGGUUUUGGAUCCAUUUCACAGAUUUUUCCCCUAAAGUCAGUGUUGAAAAUAAAGAAUCUGCAGAUUCUGGAUCUACUUACAAGCCAUGCAGAUCAUUUCGCUAGUAUUAUGUUGUUGUUAAUGCAACCGCCAGUUUUUGUAAUCAUUUAUUUUUUUGUAUACAUGACAUCUCAUAACAGAUGUAAAUUAAAUUACUUAAAUGUUUAGUCUGAAAAA